GCUGCAAUGGGCCAAAAUGCAACUGAGUUAAUGGUUAUGAAGCAAAAAAGUCCACUUGACACUGACAGUGAGCACAAGUACAGGACCAGUAUUAUUUAAAAGUUUACCUGGCAACAGCUGCAGUAAUCCUCCCCACACAGAUACCUUCUCAUCUUCAUGACGAGGCUGAAUAACGUUUACUGUCUCUUUAUAAACCACCUUCUCUUUGGUAAAGGUUGUGAAUGUAGGAGCUUGUGAUGCGGACGCACGCGCAGCCUGUUAUCGACCGGAGGACUUAGAUUAUUGACAACAUGUCACGCGACUGUGAUGCAGACGACACGCAGGAGCAACCGGGGCGACACCAAAACAUCAUCUCCCUCCCUCUCUUCCUUUCUCACAGGUGAAUAGUUGGUGUUGAUGAGUGAUCGCUUCAGACGGAAGACGGUGCCUUCAGAUGCUCAUGGAGAACUGUAAACAAGAUUACACAGAAGGGACCACUCAACCUACUCUUUGAAGGAUAAAAGUCUGGUCUUAUGAAGACACUCAGUCUUUCCCACAGCUGUGUGCUGUGCUAAAGGUCCAGCUGGGAGGUGAGGGUGCUGAGGCAGAGCUAUGGGCUGCGGGGGGAGCAGGACUGAUGCUCUGGAGCCUCGAUACCUGGAGAGCUGGACCAAGGAGACGGAGUCGACGUGGCUGACCAGCACAGACACUGACAUCCCCCUGUCGUCCAUCCAGAGCAUCCCCUCUGACAACUCUGAGGCUGGCUUCACUUCUGAGAAAACAAUCAGCCCUGUUCCAGAUUUCUUCGAGGACGGCCUCCCUCUUCCUGCGCAGGCUUACCUAAAGGUCUGCUCAGCCGUGUCUGAAGCCAGUCUGAGCGACGUGAAACCCAGCAGCCCCCCUGCAAUACUGGGCUCUCCACCCAAGGAGGCGGUGUUACUGUCCUCUGGCACCACAGUGCAGCGCAGAAGUGUUCUGCACACUGAAGAGAUUACUAAAUGGCAGGACAAUCGGAUGUCAACCAAGCAGGUGACCAUCACAGUGACGCAGAGCAUCCAUCAGGUGGACAAGAACGGGAAGGUGAAGAAGUCGCUCACCACCUACGAGGUUAUGAAACCCGUGGAAAGCCUCAAACAGGUGGUCACAGAAAACACUUGAGUGCAGAGGAGACUGGAAGAAGCCAAAGAGAAAGGCACGGAGAUCACUGUGAAACACGUGAACUGAUGAAAGCACACGAGGGAUGAGACUCUAAAGUGAAACACUUGCGAUUGUCAUUAUGAAAACGUGGCUUAUUUUCUUGAAAAGGUUUAACUAGGCUGUAAUUAAUAUGGUAAGAUGUUCUUCUAUGGUGCCUGUUACAACAAUGUCUUAUUGUACCGUCUUAAAGACGACGUACAACGGUAGGUUAGGCAGAGAAAAUACAAAACAUGACAUUUUACAGUGCAGUAUCAGACCAAAACAUAAAUGAAGAAUUCAGAGUAUAUCACAGAAGACAGGAAAUUAUAUUUAUUAUAAUUAUUUGGCAUUUUGAAUUGAUCAAGAAUCUAAAAAGCCUUCUCACCCCUACUUCAAGACGCUUUGGGGAUAAAUGUGAUUUAUUAUUAUUUUCCAUUAUUGAAUAUUCACAAACUUUGUAUAUAGUUUUGUUAUUUGACAUUGAUACACAACAUGUAGAUGCUGCUGUGCUACAAUCUGUAUGGCUCAGGAAACUGAAACUGAUUGUGAUGAUUGCACUAUUUACAGUGAAGCCUGGACAGGAGUUUGUGAAGACAACGUAAAACAUUGUCUUUCUACGUCGUGUCGUUUUGCACUAAACAGUGUUACACUUUCUUAUUUAGUCAUUUGUGUUUUCUAAUGACAAUAAAUUAAACAAAAACAUU